AUUACCCACCUGCGCCUGGUGAUUACUGGCAAUCACCGACAGGGUGGAGGGCUGCAUUGUUUACCAGCUGCCACCCUCCCUGUCAGUUUGGGCACACUGCUCGGGAUGGCUGAGCACAGCCAUCCCGAUCAGAGUGCUUUACAGACUAAAACACUCACACAGCACACAGUAAAACAGCACACAGUUAACCCUUUGAUCAUUGCAGAUGUUAACCCCUUCCUGUCCAGUGUCAUUAGUACAGUGUCAGUGCUUUUUAUUAGCACUGAUCACUGUAUUCACUUCACUGGAGAUGUCAGUGACAGUCAUUUCCCCCCAGUGUCAGAAUGCCCACCGCAGUCCCACAGUCCCGCUAUAAGUCGCUGA